UUUUUCUACCUACUUCAUAAUUUUAAGCCAAUUGCCCCCGCCUUGGCUUACUAUGGUCACCCACCAUAAAACUGCUGUGACAUUAAUUCUAGCAAGUUUCCGAUAGAGGUGCUUGUGAAGAUAUGAUCUUUACUUGGGGAAGAUUUUAAGACAACAAAAGCAUAAAUAUGUAGUAUUGAGAAUGAUUUGUCAGUUCGUCAGUCUGUAGUCUGUAAUCGAAGUAGUAACAGAUCUGGUGUAAUUCUUAGAACAAUUUAAUUACAGCACGAUGUAUUAAAUAAGCACAUCAAGAAACAUCAAUUCGAGAUGGAGUACAUUCAAAAACAAUAAUCAGAGAAGCAAAGACUGCUGUAGAAGAAGAAAUGCAAAUUAAUAGAAGAAAGAUAUACAUACUACAUACUUGACUCAGAUAGAGAAGGAACGGUCAGAAUUGGAUGAAAAACUGUCAGAGAAAGAUGCAGAAAUAAAUAAACUUUCAAUAAUUUUAAAGGAGCUGAGGUCUUUUACACAGAUCCACUGGUAGAUUCAGACGACUAUCUGAAAAUACAAAUUAAACUUUGGUAAAUACAUUUGCUGUAGGUUUACAAUUGGAACUAGAUUGGCAGGAAGAAAGGAAGAAUUGCAAGCUCUAAAAAGUCAAGUUCGAGAGGAAGCUGUGGAAAUAUUAGCUAGAAGAAAGAAGUAUAAUCUUAUUUAUGUAUAAAUAAGAUUAAUUAUAAGAUCUUACAUAUUAUUAAGAUCUUAUUUAUGUAUAAAUAAGAUUAUAUCUAAACAUUUAAAAAAUUGUUUAGACUAGAAAAGUUACAAUGAGAGAAAAUCAAGUAUUGGUUUCUGAAGUAACUAAACAUGUCGAAAAGUUGCAGCAUGAAUUGAAACUAGAUGAGCAUUAUGGUACAUAUACAGAUACACGAUUGAAUGAAACAGUUAGAUGAUAAAAUUAGUAGAGAUAAGAAAUAUGCUACCUGAAUUGGAGGAAAAGAGUAGUUAGUACUCAGGAACUUCAGACUUCUCAAUUAGGAAUGGUAAAUUGUGAACUUAAUCUACAAGUAGAAAAAAAUAAAGUUGAAAUGGCAGAAAGUAAUAAAUUCUUGGAAGAUGAAAUAAUAAAAUACAAAGAUAUUUAUUUAGUUAAUACAGUAUAAUUAUACUGUGGAAUUUAUAAGGAUACAUUUCUAGGCAAACGUCAGAAUAGGAGAACUUUGUAAUACAAUUAGAAAAAUGAGAAGGUGCAUAAUAACAUGCAUAGAAGACAAUACUGAAUUACUUGAAAAAGAAAGACUCGACGAGGAGCCGCCGAAGAGUAUCUUCCUUGCGCAUAAAUCAUUUUAUUAAAAAAUUGUAUUCUUGAAAUAAGACAAUAUGUUUGCGUUACUGCAGAGAAGUCAACAAAUUUCUUGAACAUAACGCGCGUUUAAGAAAGAUCAUAAAGCGAUUGAUGAAAUAUAAUAUGAGCUGAUAGACCAUCAAAAUCAUAAUCAAAUGUGUCUCAAUUGAAAGAUAAAAUCACUCAACUGGAAAUGUUGUGUUCAAUAAUUUACAAACUAUUUUUCCCUAAUGAAAGUACAGAAUAUUACAUGCAAUAUAAUAAAAUAUAAUGCAUGUUUUUAGGACUGUUACAAGAAAACGAAAAUAUAACAGCAACAAAAAAUCAUUGAAAAAAUAAGAUCGAAAGAGAAAUAUGAAUUUCGGAUUACAUGUUCCUUGUGGAGGUACAACAUAUGCAAAUGUAUUUUUAUGUUAUUAUAAUACUCAUUUAACUAUGUAAAUACUUACUGCGCAAUUUGUGUAAUUUUUCCAACUUCCUUUUUAUAAACAGCAACAUCGUUUAACUUAAUAUUUAUAACGUAAUGAAACCGUAAUAAUUAUUAACCACUGAAAGUUGCAAUCACUGAAUUUUUGGGUAAAAUUCUUUUCCUUUUAUUCUAUAAUCUCUCAUCACGGUAUCUGCGUGAACUGUGUAGUAUUGUUCCAAUUUGAAGGGACGGUUAUAAUAAUCAACCUCGCUGUUUACCCAAUCAACAGAUAGUACAGUAGAAAUUCGUUUAUCGGGACUCUGUUUAUCCGACGUACUAAUAACCUGUUUACGGACGAUUAGAGGUCAGGAACGAUGCUCCUAUUUAUCCAACUCCAGUGCAUGCAACAUAUCAAUUAUGUCUACUUACGAUUUACUGUACUAUAUGUUUUGUCCAAAAUUAUAUUCUCAGUGUCUUCUCACAAAUCAAGUGAAAAGAAAAAAAGACUGGUGCUGUGUAUUGAUGACAAAGGAUCCAGCUGAAUAAGAUGUUCUUUUUCGCAAAAUGGCCCCGACCAUUUGUCUAUCGGAGCUACCAGUGGUCAGAAGGCCGACGAUCCCGUGUUCGCGAAGGCGACAAAGGGUUUCUUCCACCGGAGCCAUUGGGAAACAUCAGAGGUUGGAGUUGAGGAGGACAGGAACGAACCCGGUGACCCGCGGAGAAUCACGUUUAACGCCACCGGAGAGUUCAAUUUGGGAACCAGAAUGUUCUAAUGACUCCUACACCCCUACGAUCGUCAGUUCUUCCUCCCCGAAAGUCUCUGCUCGAGUUCCGGCUGACGCGGAGGAACAUUGGAAGGUGUUUCUCGCCCGACGGAAAGGUCUUCUGGACAUCGUCGUACGAACAAUGGCUUUGGUCAGAAGGAACCAUAUUCUCCAAGAAAGAGUAAACGCACUCAGCGCAGAAACGCGUGACUUCAUCCAUUCUGUGCUAAACAAUCCCGAGAACAAAUGCGCGCAACAAAGAUUAGAUGCACAAAAUUCUACGAACGAAAAUAUUUCUUCCACGACAGAGAAGACAAACUCGAGACCAUCGUCUUUGCCAUCAAGCCCAGACUCCACAUAUGCUUCGUUUGAUGACGUUACAUCUAGUUGCAGUAGUAGUGAACGGGACGAACAAUCCUCCGAUGAAUUUUUGUCGUCCGAAACUGACGAAUUGUAAAUCUCAUUUUCGUGUAUACGCGAAAGGUAAUCCUGAAAUGAUACCGAAGAGAAGUUUCAACUUAGAACACGUGAACUCUUAGAUGUCCUGUUGGUCAUAAGAGUGCGCAAUAAUUUCUAUAUAUCAAUUAAGAUUCACAUCUCGUACGAAUCGAAUGGUAUCAUUUUUAAUCGGUUAAUCAAAUGGGAUCAUCUUAAACAAAUAUCUUGUUCAUAUACUUAGAAAAUGAGAUAUAACGAAUUUGUAA